CACACUGCUGCUGCUGCCUGCGACCCCGCCACACCCGCCCACUGCAUCAAGACCACCAACUCUGUCUGCCUGUCUGUCCCCGCAGAGACCACCGACACCAGCAACCAAAAGCCGCGAUGAGGACUGCGCUUGUAGUAGGACUGCUGACGCUGCUGGCUCUGGCACGCUGUGAACCCGAAGCUGGUGGUGAGAAGCACGGGGAUGACUCCAGGACCGUUGAUGCCGACACGACAAAAAUUUUGGGUCUGCGAGACCAGCCACAGGAGCUACACCUGCUGCUGGGGCUGGGGCUGGGACUGGGACACGGACGCUGUCUCAUGCAGACGGGCUGCAUUGCUGCCGGUGGAUUUUGUUUCCGAGACGUUCAAGGCGUCAACACUCCAGAUUGCGACUUCAGACUAAACGACCGCAUGUUAUGUGGUUCCAACUGCAAGUGCUGCCUCAAUUGUUCCGAAGAAAAUUGUGGUGAUUCUGGAAGCGGCACGUGCAAGGCUGACUGUGAUGAGGGUGAAUUCACCAGGGAAAACUGUGGCGCAUCUCCUUGCAAGUGCUGUGAACCUUGUGAAGCUGCAACCUGUGCUGGCCGCUGUGUGGGUGACCCCGACUCCUGCAAUCCAGACGAGUACGUCGGGGGGGACUGUGGCUUCGGGAGCUGUUCCUGCUGCGCGACUUGUGAAGCAGGUUUUGAUUGUGAGGCGGCCGGGGGUGAAUGUGUCAACGUUAACACUCCGUGCGAAGCCGGCACGUGGCCAAACCUUUUCGCUGGCUGCAACGACGGCAGCUGCCAGUGCUGUGCCACCUGCAAUACCAGCAGUGAAUGUGCUGACCAAGGCAACCCGGGGAGAUGCGUGAACGACGAUAUGUAUUGCAGCGCUACAAAUGAAUACAUCACAAGUGAUCCAUGUGGCGACGAUACCUCCUGCUUCUGCUGCAAGACCUGUCUGCCGGACCCUUUAUGUGAAUUUCAGGGUGGCCAAUGUGUCAACAAUGAAGACCAAAGUGGUUCAUGUGCCGCGGGGUAUGAACCGUCUGAGUGCGGCGGAUGCAACACUGAUGACUGCACCUGCUGUGUUCCGGAGUGAUGGUGAACCCGAGCCGCCGCCACCGCCUGCACGACCCGCUGCCCUGACCUUGGACCGACCCUGCCCCGCCCUACCUUCAUGCACGGACGGCCUGCACGUGCACGCUGAUCCUCUGCAGAGUAUUCACUUCUCCUUCUUCUCAGGCUUCAUGCCAGAGCACCCUUCCGCAAAGAAUAAAAUUAUAAAAAAAAUAUAUGCACAAACUUCAGCAGGCAAGAAUUUUUACUUUCGAAAUUCUGCGCAUGUUCAGCACGCAAUAUGUGUGUACUGUUCAGAAUAUAUGCUGCAAAUAAAAUAGAAGCAAUC